UCAAUUGUUUGAAGUGAUUUAUGAAUCAAAACUUUAUUGGCGCACCCCAAGUUUGUUGAGCUUUUCUGUCAGAUGUAUCCUCAAAUGUUAGGCUAAGUUAUUUAAGGGCACACCUCAUCUAUAACCCAAUAACCAGAAGAUGAAAUGCAUGUCCCUCACAAUGGUUAAAUCCAAGUGUCUGAAUUAUCAGUUUACGCAGAUGUACAUGCAGUGAGUAAGUAGCUGGAGCAAAACUAAUUAUUAAGAAGUAACUGAGAUUUUGUUUUAUUUGAAAAUGAAAUAUGAACAACAAUAGUAUGGUGUCGGCAAACAACAAAACAUAUUUGGAGAUAUUACUGUGCAGUGCUUCAUACAUUUUGUUUUUAAAGUAUAUGUUUUGCGUUUUCCCUACUAUGAUGGUAUCACAAUGUUGAAAUUUCUUGGAUGUGUGGGAUUCCAUGAGGGCAAAUCCUAUCUGAAGUGAUAGAUAAAUGCAGGGUUAGGUUUGAUUAUGAUCUUUUUAUUUGUGUGAAUAAUAAUCAAGCAGCCCUACUUAGAAGUAUUAGCUGCUGACAUGUAAUAUUAGACAACUUAAAAGAAACAGUUGAAGUGACAACUUUACAUUCGUAUGCAUGCAGUGAAAAUGUGCUUUUUAAUUAAAAUAUUGAAAUAUGAAUAAAUCAAGAAGAUAUGAGGGAAGUGAAUACAAUUAUGAGAUGCAAAUAAUACAAAUAUCACAAAGUCCAAAAUCGACUUGGAAUUACAUAUGACUGUGACGUUUACGGAAGCCCUCAAGGAGCUCUCGCGAGAUAUUUUGUACAGACGUGGGAUUUUGGCUUGAAGGGUUGUGGCUGUGGGGGUGACAUAACAGCAAUCCCUUAAUAUGAGUGAUGAUAAACCUUUCCAAUGCACUGCUCCUGGCUGUGGACAGAGAUUCACAAAUGAAGACCACUUGGCCGUCCACAAACACAAGCAUGAGAUGACCCUGAAGUUUGGCCCAGCAAGGAAUGACAGUGUCAUUAUUGCUGACCAAACCCCUACACCAACACGCUUUUUGAAGAACUGUGAGGAAGUCGGACUCUUCAAUGAACUUGCAAGUCCAUUUGACCAUGACUUCAAAAAAGCAACUGAGGAUGACAUUAAAAAGUUGCCUUUGGAUUUGUCACCUCUUGCUACACCUAUUAUGAGAAACAAAACUGAGGACCCCACACCUAUGGAGGCACAUCGAGACAGUCCUUUGCCCCACCCUGAAUCUACUACAAAUGACGACAAGGAUUUAUCUUUGCAGCCAACCUCACUGCCAACAUCCACUAUAGUCCAUCCUGCAUCCCUCCAAGUUCCCAAUGUACUUCUAGCAACCUCAGAAGCUAAUGUUGUAAUACAGCAAGCUCUCCCAUCGCCAACAUCUAGCUCUGUUAUUACCCAAGUCCCAUCCACUAAUAGGCCUAUAGUGCCAGUGUCUGGCACCUUUCCUGUGCUCUUACAACUGCCCAACGGCCAGACCAUGCCAGUUGCUAUACCUGCAUCAAUCACAAGUUCAAGUGUACAUAUUCCAACUACAAUCCCUCUUGUCAGACCUGUCACCGUAGUGCCUAACGUCCCCGGGAUCCCAGGACCUCCCUCGCCACAGCCCGCCCAAUCAGAAGCCAAGCUGAAACUGAAAGCCACGUUAAGCCAGCAGCUUCCUCAGGUAACCAAUGGAGAUGGUAGUGAAGUCCAGAGCAGCGCUGUGACCCACACUACUGCUCCGGCUCCAGCUUCUCCUUCCCCGACCCCGGCCCCUGCUCCAGCUCCAACCGCCACCCCGGCCCCAGCCCCAGCCCCUCACCUGCCCACAAGCGAAGAACCUUCUCCUCAUUCCCUCCAGCAGCCGGCGACCUCCACCACAGAGACUCCGGCCUCUCCAGCGCCCCCAGCGCAAAAUCCUCCGAGCACAGGAGGUCGGCGGCGCAGAACCACAAGUGAAGAUCCCGACGAGAAGAGGCGCAAGUUCCUGGAGCGUAACAGGGCUGCGGCGUCACGCUGUAGGCAGAAACGGAAAGUGUGGGUCCAGUCCCUGGAGAAGAAGGCUGAAGACCUGAGCUCCAUGAACGGACAACUACAGAAUGAAGUCACCCUGCUGAGAAACGAAGUGGCUCAGCUGAAGCAGCUUCUUCUGGCUCAUAAAGAUUGCCCUGUAACCGCCAUGCAGAAGAAAUCUGGCUAUCACAUCUCUGAAAAGGAGGAGAGCUGCGAGGAGAUGUCGGUCCCUGGCAGCCCCCAGAACGAGGCCAUCCAGCACAGCUCCGUCAGCACCUCCAACGGGGUCAGCUCCUCCUCCAUGACCCCAGCCGUCUCCGCCCCGUCCAGCACAGCCACCGCUACCACCUCAGACCAGAGCACAGAGGAGCCACGGCCACAGAGGGCCCCCCCCCAGUCGCUGCCGUCGGGGAGUUGAUCGGCCCAAACUGAAGUGCCGUUGCCUCUUUGAGUCUCCGACAGACGAAGGAAUUCUGUUUUAGCUUCAGUUUGGAUCGGAUUUAUUUAUUGCUUAUUUCUGUUUGGUGCGUUUUGUCCUUUGUAGGCAAUGCUUUUGAGAUGUUUUCUUUGAAUUAAUGAAGACAGAAGAACUGGCACUUUAGGUGUAACAUGAAAAUGUAAACCAAGUGGUUCUAAAAUGUUUUUGUAUUUGUGUGACUUAUUUAUUAAUCUUAUAUAUUUUUUUAUUUGAAAGCGAUCAUCCUGAAGGUCGAUCAGUGAAUUGUUAGACUUUACCAAAGUGUGUUGUGGCUCAUGUGAAUUUUUAUUUGCUUUUUUUUUUUUUGUUUUUUGUUGUUUUCAUGACUUUUAUAAGCACUAUGUUAAUGAUGAAAGUAGGUGAAGAGCGGUCACUUUUUUUUUAUCUUUGUUUCCAUUUUGCACAUUUUGAGAGACAACGGGUUUACCUUUGUAGGGUUUGACAGUCCACUGGUUCUGUACUGGCAGCCUUUAGUAGAUUUGAUUACUGUCACAAAUGUAAAUGGUUGAAUCUGACUUUUUUUUGUGUGUGUGAGAUCAGCUGUAGUUGCAUCAUGAAUGUUUGAGCUCUCCUCCGCCUGUAAAAUAGUCUUAAGGAGGUUUGCUGUGUUUUCUCAUUAACAUUCCAUGUGUAGUCUGAUUGUUCCUGAUGCAGUGAUUGUAGGACCGCAGUACCCUUUUUCAUUACUCAAUCAUGGUGAUGUUGACUCAUUCAGUGCCAUUAAUGUUUUGUACAAACUCCUUCAGUACAUUUUUAAUGCCGAUUCUCUUGAAUAAGUUGAUCACUGUUCUUUGAGAUUCAGGGUCUCAGUAGAGGAGACAUCUGGCUUUGUGUACUGUCUUUGCUUUAUAAGUGACUGAUGCAGAACACUGACCAAUACAGGACAUGGUGGUGUUCUCACUGAUUGCAAUUCUAGGUGAUGUUUUUAGAAAACAUUGUAAAUAACAUCAAUGGUACGUUGUACGUGAUCUUUCUAGGUGUUAUGUACUUUUUUUUUUUUUUUUUUUUUUUUUUUUAUAGGGUAGUCUGGAUUCUGUAGCUGAGCCCUGUUGACCCCAUUUGGAUUUUCAAUCAUUAGGAAUAGGUCAUAAAUGAAAACAUUCACAUGUGAACUGGAAUCACAUGCUGCUCCAGCGUUCAACAAGUAAAAGAGGAUGUAUAUUAGAGUAACACUACUACUGCUUGUAAGAAUUGUAAGCAUUUCAUCUUUGAAAUAAUAGUAGGAUACAAAUCACACCAUGAACUCCAUUUGCCUUUUCUCUUAGUCUGUACUGGCUUACUACUGUGUAGUUUAAUGAGAAGCUAACACAUUGUUUUCUUAAGAUAUGAUUUUUUUUUUUUUUAUUUAAUUGUUAUGUGCUGUUUGCAUGAGAUAAUAAUUCUCUGCGAGAAUUAAACCGUUUAUUCAAUAAUGUCUCAGUCAGAUAAAUAUCAUUAGACAAGUUGUUUCAACUUGAGUUGUGGCUCUGAGUUCCUGAAAGCUUCAGUUCUUUGUUUUACCUCGGCUUAACCGCAAAAAGGGGUGUGAUACUGUGUUGAAAGUGUACUUGUAACUUGUGGAAGUUCUGUAUAAAAUUUGAAUUGAUAAGUUGUUGUAAUAAACCUUUUAAUAUCUCUUUAAAUUA